UAUGGGCAAUCCAGAGGCACCCUCUAAAAUUAUGGACAGUCCAGAGGCACCCUCUAAAAUUAUGGACAGUCCCGAAGCACCCUCUAAAAUUAUGGACGGUCCCAAGGCACCCUCUAAAAUUAUGGACAGUCCCGAGGCACCCUUUAAAAUUAUGGACAGUCCCGAGUCACUCUUUAAAAUCAUGGACAGUCCAGAGGCACCCUCUAAAAUUAUGGACAGUCCAGAGGCACCCUCUAAAAUUAUGGACAGUCCCGGGGCACCCUCUAAAAUUAUGGACAGUCCCAAGGCACCCUCUAAAUUUAUGGACAGUCUCGAGGUACCCUUUAAAAUUAUGGACAGUCUUGAGGUACCCCAUUCUAAAAUUUUUAUAGAAUUCAGCAACAUCCACACAUGUAGGACA